AUGGCAUUUGUCUUAGCCAACAUUGAAGGCCAAGAAGACACCCCUACUUAUCGGUACUUCCAGUUUCUGGGUCCAGCAAUGGGCAUAUCUGGUUCUCCGGCUGUCCUGCAGCUCUCUGGCAGCAUCAUGAUUGCCGAAUCAAAUGAGAGAACGGCAGCACGACUAACCGGGAGAUUAGACGACCCUAAAGCCUAUCCCAUCAAGCUGGCUCUGGACGGAGCCUGCCUGGCAACACCUGAAGAACGACACG